GUAGAAUUAGGUACAUUGUCAAGCUCCAAUAAACAAAUACAAUGAGGGCCCCUCACACGUGAAGUGCUGGUAUCGUUUAGUUGGCACUUUGAUGACCCCCCUUUAUUUGCAGCUCCCUUCUCUCCCAGUUUUCCCCAUCCACCGCUUCAUCGUCUCUCUUCCGUAUAGAACACAAAUCGUACAUAUUUUUUCAUUUUGAUUCCACUGUAUAUUGCCGCUGAAUAGAUUGACUUCCCUUAAUCAUGUAAGAUUGGCGUUGUUCCGGUGAUGGGUUAAGGUUUCCAGAUGGUUUCUACAGACUGGUUCGAUCUAAUCAUGGAUAGAAGGAUUCCGAAAAAGGUAUGGCUUUGCUCCCAAAUGUCAAUGGUAUUACUCGUGGGUGGUAAUCACACUUCCUCCAGGUUUUGUACUCGCUAAAUCUUACCUUCCCUCACCAUUUGGCUUGAAUUCCCUUGAUUCUUAACAAAUCUGAGUUUGAACUCUAGACUUUAGUCUUAGAACGAGCUAUCGCUUUCUAGAUCUGAAAAAACUAACCGGGUUUUGAAGAGGUGUUUAAUAUUGAGAGAAGGAUGGACUUGAAGGCCUUGAAAUGGCAAGCUGUCCGCAGUUCACUGAUGAAGCGUUUGGUUCUCAAACUGUUGAUGUUUGGGGCUGGAACUAUGAUCAUACUGUUCGUUCAAAUGGGACAUGAUGUCCAAUUCUCUGAUCCGUGGAUGCUGAGUGACAGUGAAUGCAGUCAUUUGAACUUUAGCAUGAACCCUAGCGCUUUCAAUUUCACACGUCUAUUUGGGGUUAUGCCAUUUCCGUGCAGAGCUGAUGAGAUUUUAGCUAAGAACGUCUUCGAGGAACUGAUGGUUAACAGUUUCUUAGAUUCCGAUGUGAAGUCUCUGUGUGUUGGUGAGGGUGCGGACGCAGCUGUUUUGGCAUUGAGAGAUUUGGGUUUCUCUGAUGUUUCUGGCGUUAGUAGCCACCCGUUUUUCUCCCUUAUGAAGAGGAGGUUCAUGUAUGAGCUCGAUUUCGAUGACGAUGCUUUCGAUUUCGUGUUCUCCCGAUCUCUCGAUCGGGUAUCUGUACCUGCCCUCCUCGUGCUCGAGAUCGAGAGGGUCCUACGCCCAGGCGGUUCAGGCGCCAUGCUUCUUGGCGACCACAGUUUCUACUCGGGCAACCUCGUCAAGCACGCCACCCCUGUCUCUUCCUUCUUGAAGAGCUCUGAUGUCGUGCACGUAUCUGCAGUGGGCCCCUUCACCUUAGUUCUCUUCAAGAAGCGUUUUGAAGGAGGUGACAUGGCAUUGGAUCUCUUUGAGCGGUUCGAACUACCCGAUCAUUGCCCGUCAGUCGCGAACAGCAUAUCCCUUAUGCCGUAUAUUGAGCCCCUAGUCAACGAUGAGACAAACAUCUCUUAUUUGCCACAAUUGACGGAUAUAUCCUCAAGAAAAAAGCUCAUUUAUAUUAACCUAGGGGCCGGGGAACUUGUGGACACAACCAUUACAAAAAUGUUGAAUUCCAAUUACCCGUUUCCCCGGCAAGCCAUGGACGCCUAUGUCAUUGAUCACAAUGCCUAUGCUCUUUCGUUGUACGUGAAGACUCCGGGGAUCACAUUUGUGUACCACCCAGGACUUGCAGGAGAAGAGGAGAUGGAACAGGAUAUUAACUAUGCAGAUGAUGAGGAUCUAGAGGAUGAAAAAGACUUUGACUUUAUUCGUUGGUUCAAUGAGACGGUGAGCGGUGGAGAGGAGGUCUUCGUGGUGCUUAUGAUGAACGCUCGCCCGGUGGAGUUGGGGAUACUUGAUGAGCUUUUCAGGACUGGUUUGAUAUGUCGUGUUGAUGAACUUUUCCUUCGUUGCUCGGACACUACAGUGUGGAAACCUGCUAGGUGUGGGGAUUGUAUGAGCUUGUUGAAAAGUCUCAGGAACAGUGGCGUAUUUGCUCACUGGUUUUAAGGAUUCCAUAUUGUUGUUGUGUUAUUGUUGCAAUGUGUUGUUGUUUCAGUUUCUAAAGGAUUGAGAAUAAAUGCAAGGGGACAAUCAGCAUUUUCUAAAUGCGAUCCUUCAAACCCUUGCUGAGUCAAAUGUGUGUGAUGUUUGUUUUAGUAGCAAGUACUCUGGACCUAUGUUUUUCUUGCGUUGUUCUUUUGCGGAGGAAACAUUUGCUGUGGUUUAAUUACUCCUAUAGUCCUAUGUUUGUUUUUCUAUAAAUUGUUAUCAUAUUCCCUUAUACCACG